AUUCCGGGGACCCGAAGCUGGACGCCGCAGCGGCCGUAGGCCUGGAGCAGUGGCCGGACGCCGCUACUUGUUUCCUGGCGCUGAGCGGGGCUUCUCCCGGCGGCGCUGCGGCUGCGGAGACUCACAGGUUUCCUACAAGCAGAAAUGGAGGCAUCUACACACCAAAUGCACCCUCUGAAUGAGAAGCAGAUAGCCAGUUCUGAAGACGGAUGUGUAUGGCAAGUCACUGACAUGAAUAGACUACAGCGGUUCCUAUGCUUUGGUUCUGAAGGUGGGACUUACUAUAUCAAAGAACAAAAGUUGGGCCUUGAAAAUGCCGAAGCUCUGAUCAGAUUGAUUGAAGAGGGCAGAGGCUGUGAAGUGAUACAGGAAAUCAAGCUGUUUAGUCAAGAAGGCAGAACCACAAGGCAGGAGCCCGUGCUCUUCGCACUUGCCAUUUGUUCCCAGUGUUCCGACAUAGGCACCAAACAAGCGGCGUUUAAAGCGGUCUCUGAAGUUUGUCGCGUUCCUACACAUCUCUUUACUUUUAUUCAGUUUAAGAAGGAUCUAAAGGAAAGCAUGAAGUGUGGCAUGUGGGGCCGUGCUCUGCGGAAGGCAGUUGCAGACUGGUACAAUGAGAAAGGUGGCAUGGCCCUUGCUCUAGCAGUUACGAAAUAUAAACAAAGAAAUGGCUGGUCUCACAAAGAUCUCUUACGAUUGUCGCAUCUUAAACCUUCUAGUGAAGGACUUGCCAUUGUGACCAAAUACAUUACAAAAGGCUGGAAAGAGGUCCAUGAAUUAUACAAAGAAAAAGCACUUUCUGUGGAGUCUGAAAAAUUAUUAAAGUAUCUGGAGGCUGUAGAGAAAGUGAAGCGCACAAAAGAUGAACUGGAAGUCAUUCAUCUGAUAGAAGAACACAGGUUAGUUAGGGAGCAUCUUCUGACCAAUCACUUGAAGUCUAAAGAGGUAUGGAAAGCUUUGUUACAAGAAAUGCCUCUUACUGCGUUACUAAGAAAUCUAGGAAAGAUGACUGCUAACUCGGUGCUUGAACCAGGAAAUUCAGAAGUAUCUUUAGUUUGUGAAAAACUGUGUAAUGAAAAACUUUUAAAAAAGGCUCGUAUACAUCCACUUCAUAUUUUAACUGCUUUAGAAACUUACAAAACAGGUCAUGGCCUCAGAGGAAAACUGAAGUGGCAACCUGAUGAAGAAAUUUUGAAAGCAUUGGAUGCUGCUUUUUAUAAAACAUUUAAGACAGUUGAGCCAACUGGAAAGCGUUUCUUGCUGGCUGUUGAUGUUAGUGCAUCCAUGAACCAGAGAGUAUUGGGUGGUAUACUCAAUGCAAGUACAGUUGCUGCGGCAAUGUGCAUGGUUGUCACACACACAGAAAAAGAUUCCUAUGUAGUUGCUUUUUCAGAUGAAAUGGUACCAUGUCCGUUGACUACAGAUAUGACUUUACAACAGGUUUUAAUGUCUAUGAAUCAGAUCCCAGCAGGUGGGACUAACUGCUCUUCUCCAAUGAUCUGGGCUCAGAGGACAAACACGGCUGCAGAUGUCUUCAUGGUGUUCACUGGUAAUGAGACCUAUGCUGGGGGUGUCCGUCCUGCUGUUGCUCUGAGGGAAUAUCGAAAGAAAAUGGAUAUUCCAGCUAAACUGAUAGUUUGUGGAAUGACAUCAAAUGGCUUUACCAUUGCAGACCCAGAUGACAGAGGCAUGUUGGACAUGUGUGGCUUUGAUACUGGUGCUCUGGAUGUAAUUCGAAAUUUCACGUUAGAUGUGAUUUAAUCACAAGUGCAGAUGAUCCGAGAGGUCCGUUGGCAUCAGUGAUCUCAUACAGACACAGUGACUUCCCACCUGUCGUCAGUGCAGUGAAGAGUGGUGCUACAGUGUGUGCAUAAUGGAAACAUACCCUACCCAGAAAAAGGAAGUGUGAGAUGAGCCCAGUGUUCAUCCACUAACCCAGCUCUUGGGGAACAGCUUCAGGAUACUGUAGCUUCCUCUAACAGAGAACUUCUUGUUAAUAGGCCAUGUGAAAUAGUCAGACAGUUCUGCUUCCAUGAAUAAUACAUGUGUAUUUUAAAAGAUGAGACCCAGAAGUUUAAGUAGUUCAUCAUGUCACUUGUUUGAGAAGUACUUAACAUUUUCUACAAUAUUUUCCUUGGGGAAGGAUAGCUUUGAUAAUGUCCAGAUACUCUGAAAUGCACUAGACCAUGUAACUGUGAUGGAAUAUGAGAUUCAUUGUAAACUUUUGUACUGGGGGGGGG